AGAAAAGAAGAGCCCAACUCUGGCACCAGGGUGGCCUUGGCAACCCUCGUCUGGGAUGGGGGUUCACACCCUGGGUGGAUGCUGGGUGGAGCCCAAAGUCUUGGCCUAGGUGCGGCAGGCGGGCCAGGAGUGGCCCAGCAGGUGGGGUGGGGGCUGGGAGUCACUCCUGCCCAGUGCCAGGCCCCUAGCAGGGAUACGCCCCACCCUGGGACGGGUGAGGCUCACGGGGAGGGGCCGCAACCACCUCACCCUGCCAGCAAGGGGCUCCCCGGGAGCCCGGGCCAAGAGCUGCCUCCCCAUCGUGGCGGGUCAAACAAUGAAGGAGAUGCAGGGGCACACUGCCACCAAGCUAUUGUUCAAGGGAGAGAAAGAGGGAAGGCCUGGGAGACCAGCCCCCUCUUCUCCUGGGCCUGCGGGCACUCAGGGACCCUCCUGCUGAGGCUUGAGCCCCUUCAGGCCUGUCUGCCCCUCCUGGAGCUCAGCUAGGACCAGCCUUACCUGUUCCCUGCUCCCAGGACCAGAGGGAGAGAGCAUUAUGCGGGUGGGGUGUGGGGUCCCCUAGGAGCAGGGCCAGGGAGCCCGGUGUUUGGGGAAGGCUCCCCGUGGGUCUGGGGGAGCCGGAAGCCCGCAGUAACUUUGCUAUUCCAUUGUUGGUAUUACUGAGCCUCAGCCUGUCUGCACUCUGGGAAAGGGGGCAGGGGAGCUCUGUGGGCCCCCUCUGUGCCCACCCAUCUCAGACACUGGGGAGGGCUCUGGUGGUCCUCUGUGCCCCCUCCCCCAACUCCCACCCCAUCUCUAGCAGUGGUGGGGCCUUCACUGGCUCUGGCGGCUGGGGUGAUUCUAAGAAUGGAAAUGCCUCGAGAGUGUCAGGCACCAGGAGGAGGUGGGGAGGAGGUGGGCGCAGCAGUGUCUGUGGCUCGGGAAGUCCUGAGGAGUAUUUGUUAUGCCUCACGGGCCAGAGAAAGGGAGAGGAAGGGCCCCUUCCUUGGGGAUCCCCCAGGGAAUCCCCAGGCCCCAUCUGGACGAAGUCAGGAGAUGGGGCAGGCAGGCAGGGAGCUGGUCUUGUCCCCCUGACCCGGACCUCCACUGAGGCUGUGCCUUACCGAUGGGGAAACUGAGGCCUUCUGGGGGCAACGAGCCCGUCAGGCACCAGGCUGUGGGGUGCCAGCUCUGUCUCUCCUCCUGGAGAUGCCCUGGGACCGAGAUGUCAGCCUGUCUGGGCAGGAACUGGGCCGAGGGGCCAUGUCUAAAUUGGAGCCGGGCGUGGAGGCUGGGUGGGACUCAGCCCCAAGGCCCCUCGCAGGUCCGCGUGGUGGAGGGCUGGGGCCAGCGCGGAGGCUUUCUCAGAGCCAGGGCUGGGGGCGGGCUGGGGAGCUGGGGCCUGUGGCUCCCCCCCCUCCUCUCGGAUGAAAGGCUUCCCUGUUCCCAGCAGUGGGCCCACCCCUCCUCCCCAGGUGCCAGCGGCCUCCAGGCCACACAGCAGCAGCACGAGCCUAGACAGGGGGACAGAGGCCCCUUAAGCGGGGAGCCAAGAAGGGAGGGCCUAGGUGGGGGAGAACUGUGGGGCCUUCCGUUCCCACUGACACACAGUCUAGGGGCAUGUCUCUUUGGAUCCUCGGCUCCUUUGCAGGCCUCCCUUGCCACCGGGCUGGUGCUGGCUUGUUCAGAUUCUGGUGGGUCCUGCGGGCAGGGUCAGUGAGGAAGGGUUUGGGGGCUCAGGAGACCCCUGUGGUCCCUGGGGUGGCCGCACAGGUGUGAGGGCUGAGCUGGCUGGAGCCCUCCAGGCCCUGUGUUGCCCAGUCCUGUGAGAGCAAGGUGGAAGCUCAGAGGGAGUGUCCCCCUUAGGGGGAGGGGUUCACUCCAGCACCCCCUACCUCUGCUGGCAGCGGCUGUCUGGGGGCAGAGGUGGCAGCGUAGGGCUGGCCAGCGGGUUUGUGGAGCUACUCACUGGCCACAGCUUCCAAGUUUGCAGAGGUGGGGGUAGGGGUUGGGCAUCUAGUGCUCUGAUCGCUCCCUUCCCCCAGCGUAAGCCUCCGCGGGCCUGGGUGGGGAGGUGAGCUCUGCCCUCGCAGGUUCCCCACUUCUCUCGGCGGCCACGGCGGUAAGAAUUCUCCAGACACACGCGCACACACGCGAGGGGCGGUCCGUGCGUCGGUGGGUAGCUGGGGGCGCCUCUAGGACACCGCCACGGGAGAGUAGAGGGACCGGGCGGGCUCCCGCGGGCGCGCGCGUGGAUGGGGGCGUACUCGUGCGCCCUCUGGCAGGCGGGACGCGGCAGCGCAGACCCGGCCGUGGACCCGCCCCCCCGCCCACCCGGCUGUGCAGUCGCUGGACUGACGGCCUGAGCCGCGCCGCUCCGCGCGCAGCCGCCCGCCAGCCCGCCGAGCUGGGCCCUGCCCUCCUCCGCUCCGUGGCUCCGCCCGCGCGGCCCAAUUUCCAGGCGACUGUCUCCCGGAGACCGCGCGCUCCUCUCCGGCGCGAGGGCCCGCCUGUGCCAGGGGCAGGCCCGCCUGGGGCCGGACGAGCGGCUUGGUGGCCUCGGGGUCCCGGCAUCGCGUGAGCGCCGCCCCUCCGGGCUUCGGUUCCCGCGUCCGUAACCCGUAACCCGUAACCCAUAACCCGGGGGCGAGAAAAGGGCCUCGGGGCCGCACAGGGCGCAAGCCCCUGGCGCACGGCUGACGCCGGGUGGGCCUGACGCACUCUGGGCCCCAGCGCAGCGGGCAAGGUCCCGGGGUCGCUGCGAUGGACUCGCUGGCGGCACCCCAGGACCGCCUGGUGGAGCAGCUGCUGUCGCCGCGGACCCAGGCCCAGAGGCGGCUCAAGGACAUCGACAAGCAGUACGUGGGCUUCGCCACACUGCCCAAUCAGGUGCACCGCAAGUCUGUGAAGAAGGGCUUCGACUUCACGCUCAUGGUGGCGGGGGAGUCGGGCCUGGGGAAGUCCACACUGGUACACAGCCUCUUCCUGACUGACUUGUACAAGGAGCGGAAGCUGCUCAGUGCUGAGGAGCGCAUCAGCCAGACGGUCGAGAUCCUGAAGCACACGGUGGACAUUGAGGAGAAGGGGGUCAAGCUGAAGCUCACCAUUGUGGACACGCCAGGCUUCGGGGAUGCCGUCAACAACUCUGAGUGCUGGAAGCCCAUCACCGACUACGUGGACCAGCAGUUUGAGCAGUAUUUCCGGGACGAGAGUGGCCUCAACCGCAAGAACAUCCAGGACAACCGUGUGCACUGCUGCUUGUACUUCAUUUCCCCUUUUGGGCACGGGCUGCGGCCCGUGGACGUGGGCUUCAUGAAAGCCUUGCACGAGAAGGUGAACAUCGUGCCCCUCAUCGCCAAAGCCGACUGUCUCGUCCCCGGUGAGAUCCGGAAGCUGAAGGAGCGGAUCCGGGAGGAGAUCGACAAGUUUGGAAUCCACGUGUACCAGUUUCCUGAGUGUGACUCGGACGAGGACGAGGACUUCAAGCAGCAGGACCGGGAACUGAAGGAGAGCGCACCCUUCGCUGUUAUCGGCAGCAACACGGUGGUGGAGGCCAAGGGGCAGCGGGUCCGGGGGCGUCUGUACCCCUGGGGGAUCGUGGAGGUGGAGAACCAGGCACACUGUGACUUCGUGAAGCUUCGCAACAUGCUCAUCCGUACACACAUGCAUGACCUCAAGGACGUGACGUGCGAUGUGCACUACGAGAACUACCGAGCGCACUGCAUCCAGCAGAUGACCAGCAAACUGACGCAGGACAGCCGCAUGGAGAGCCCCAUCCCCAUCCUGCCACUGCCAACCCCCGAUGCUGAGACGGAGAAGCUCAUCAGGAUGAAAGAUGAGGAGCUAAGGCGCAUGCAGGAGAUGCUGCAGAAAAUGAAGCAGCAAAUGCAGGACCAGUGACCCCACCACAGCCCCACUUUGCCAUGGAUAUACUGCCAGUUUCCAGGCUGGCCCUUCCCACCCCUGGACCCCGACUGGCCUGGACUCGACCCCGGAUUCGUCUGGAUCGCCAACAGGCCUGGACACAACCCCAAUUCCAGAGUGGCCCAGACCUGGACUUUUCCCUACUGUUCCUGAACUGACCCAGAGACGCGGGGUCGCAGCCCCCAGCCAACCCUAAUUUAUUCUCAGCAUCAGCCCCUCCCCUCAUUUGUAUCUGCUUCCAAGGGGCCUGGACAAUGGCCCCCACAACCAGCCCUCUCUGGCCUUGGGGGAGCAGGAGCUAAGUUGGGUGGUGACUUCUGAGAUCUCCCCCGAACCCAGAAGGUCACAGCACUUAGAUUCCAGGCCCUACUCAGAUGGGCGGGUAAACCAAGGCAGAAUAGGGGAGCAGAUCCGUGGGAUCCUGGGCCUAUUCCCUGCCCAGUGCUGCAGAGUGAACCUGGGAGCCCUCACUUUGUGCUGAGGUGGGCCAGGUCCUUCUUACCUCCUCACCCACUCACCAGGUAGCUCAGCGGGCAGGUUGGACAGCCGAAGCAAUUAGGAUCCCUCCAGACCUUAGGAGGCCAGCUGGCUGCUGGGGAGGAAUAAUGGGGCUGGGAUGCUUGUGAAUGCCUACGCCCCUCCCCCAUGGCCAUGGCCUGGCUCCAGGAGCAGUGGGUGGUGGGCAAACUGGCAACCCCCAUCCCUGGACCACCCUUCCCUGUUGGUCACUGGAGGCCUGUUCCCCCCAGCAGCACUGUUGCCCCGGGUUCCUGAGCCCUUGGUCCCCCAUCCCUCCACCCGCAUGAUCCCUGCCCCCAAGCUCCAUUCUCCAGUUUGUUCAGUUGUGAAUGCUGCGUCCUGUCCUGGUGACAGGAGAACAAUGUUGGUGAACGUCGAA